AUGUCUGACGAGAACAAAAGUGGGAGUCAGAGCUAUGUUCCAGUACCUCAGGUAGCACUUCAUGGAACUAAUACCCACCCAGAUACUGAACUUUAUCCUCUGGAUGAAGAGUUUGAACUUCAAACAGUCGACUCACUUGAUUUCGAAAAUCAAAGCAUACAAGAUAAUGAAGUUAAUGCAGAGGGCCAGUCAGGUAUGAAAGGGGCAUUUAUGAAUAUGGCAAAUUCAAUUCUCGGAGCUGGAAUAAUAGGACAACCUUUUGCAUUUAAGAAUUGUGGAUUGGUAGGUGGCCUCGUUGUUAUGGUGUUUUUGACAUUUCUCGUGGACUGGACACUAAGAUUGAUAGUGAUAAAUGCUCAGUUGGCGAAGACAAAAUCAUAUCAGGAUACUGUUGGCAAGUGUUAUGGCCAGACAGGAAGAUACAUUCUUUUAUUAUCCAUUAGCUUAUUUGCAGUUGGUGGUUGCAUGGCAUUCUCAGUCAUUAUUGGAGACACAAUUCCUCAUGUCUUGAAGGCAUUUAUUCCAGAUUCAAUAACGAACGAUGACUCUCCUGUGGGAUGGAUAUUCAAAAGAAAUACUAUAAUUAUUCUCUCUAUAACAUGCAUAUCGUAUCCACUAUCAUUAAACAGGGAUAUCUCGAAAUUAGAGAAGGCUUCGGGAUUUGCUUUGAUUGGAAUGGUUACGAUAGUAAUAAUUACUGCGGUAAGGGGUCCAUUUGCGGGCAAUGAUUUAAAGAAGAAAUUGACCAAGCUAGAAUGGACUGUGAAUUAUAAUAUCUUUCAAGGUAUUUCGGUGAUUUCUUUUGCUCUAGUUUGCCAUCAUAAUACAAUUUUCAUUUAUAAUUCUUUAAGAAAUGCUACAGUGAAGAAAUUUUCUAAAAUUACACAUAUCGCUUGUGGAAUAUCUAUGGUCUGUUGUACUUUUAUGGCUGUAAAUGGACUAAUAAACUUUGGUGAUAAUACUAAAGGAAAUUUAUUAAAUAAUUUCAGAAGUACAGAUAACUGGAUCAAUGUUGCAAGGUUUUGCUUCGGUCUAAACAUGCUCACCACAUUUCCUUUGGAGCUCAUUGUCGCGAGGGAUGUAUUAAAGGAUUUGGUCCUUGCUUGGAACGGCGAAGCGGGUGAACAUGGGAGUACUGCUCACCUUCAAUUAAGUCCGAAACAACAUUUUGCGAUAACGACCGUAUUAGUUUUCUCAUCGAUGUCUGUUGCUUUGUUAACGUGCAAUUUGGGCGUUAUUCUAGAGCUAAUUGGUGCAACUUCUGCUUCUAUCAUGUCUUACAUAUUUCCGCCUUUAUGUUAUUUGAAGUUAUCAUGGGAUUCUUUCAAUUUCAAGAACGAAAGCGACACGGACAAGAGAAAGUUCAUCUUUUGGAAGAUAUUGCCCAGUGUUGGGUGCAUCACUUUUGGAUUUUCCGUUAUGAUAAUAAGUUCUUAUAUGAGUAUCAAGACGAGCAUCAAUAAUAAGGAUGCAAGCCAUUGCGUUGGGGAUUAA